AUGGCGGAAGGAGGAGCGGCUGAUCUGGAUACCCAGAGAGGAGAGGUCGCGGCACUGUUGAAAACACAGCUAAGAAAAGGAGACACUUGGUACCUUGUGGACAGUCACUGGUUUAAACAGUGGAAGAAAUAUGUCGGAUUUGACAGUUGGGACAAGUACCAGAUGGGAGACCAGAAUGUCUACCCAGGACCCGUUGAUAACUCUGGUCUUCUCAGAGAUGGGGAUGUGCUGGCCAUCAAGGAGCACCUCAUCGAUGAGCUGGACUACAUCCUGGUCCCCACAGAGGGCUGGAAUAAGCUUGUCAGUUGGUACGGACUGACAGAGGGUCAGGAGCCAAUUGCACGCAAGGUGGUGGAACAGGGUAUGUUUGUGAAGCACUGCAAGGUAGAGGUGUACCUGACGGAGCUGAAGCUCUGUGAAGACAGCAACAUGGACAAUGUGAUCACCAGACGCUUCAGUAAAGCUGACACAAUAGAUAUGAUAGAGAAGGAGAUGAGGAAGCUGUUUAGCAUCCCCGAUGAGAAGGAGACCAGGCUGUGGAACAGGUACAUGAGCAACACGUUUGAGCCUCUCAACAAACCUGACAGCACCAUCCAGGACGCUGGCCUCUACCAAGGACAGGUUCUUGUAAUAGAGCAGAAGAAUGAGGAUGGCUCAUGGCCCCGAGGCUCCACGGCACCCAAGUCAUCUGGUGCUUCCAAUCUCUCUGCUUUGCCAAAGAUCUCGCCUUCAUCUCUCACAAACAAUCAUAACAGCAGCUUCAACAGCAGGAAUGUGAAGAAUUCAAGCUAUAGUCUGCCGUCCUACCACCCCUACAGCAACAGCUAUGACUACUCAGACCAGAGCAGGCAGAGUGAACGCUCAGGCCUCUGUGGACUCUCCAACCUGGGCAACACCUGCUUCAUGAACUCUGCUGUGCAGUGUUUAAGCAAUAUCCCUCCACUGACGGAGUACUUCCUCAAAGACAAGUACACAGACGAACUGAAUGAGGACAACCCGUUGGGCAUGAAAGGGGAGAUUGCCCGAGCCUACGCCGAGCUUAUCAAGCAGCUGUGGUCGGGCAAAUACAGCUACGUCACCCCGAGGCCUUUCAAGACCCAGGUGGGCCGCUUUGCCCCCCAGUUCUCGGGCUACCAGCAGCAGGACUCUCAUGAGCUGUUGGCCUUUCUCCUGGAUGGCCUUCACGAGGACUUGAACCGCAUCAGGAAGAAGCCCUACAUCCAGCUAAAGGACGCUAACGGCAGGCCUGACAAGGUGGUGGCGGAGGAAGCCUGGGAGAACCACAUCAAGAGAAACGACUCCAUCAUCGUGGACAUCUUCCACGGCCUUUUCAAGUCCACCCUGGUGUGUCCUGUGUGCUCCAAGGUGUCUGUGACCUUUGAUCCUUUCUGCUACCUGACGCUGCCACUUCCCAUGAAGAAGGAACGCACGCUGGAGGUCUAUCUAGUCAGACUGGACCCUCUGGCCAAACCCACUCAGUACAAGCUGACCGUGCCAAAGGUGGGCUACAUCUCUGACCUGUGUACCUCCCUCUCCAGCCUUUCUGGGGUUCCUGCUGAGAAGAUGAUUGUAACUGACAUCUACAACCACCGUUUCCACCGAAUCUUCGCCACCAACGAGAACCUCAGCAGCAUCAUGGAGAGAGAUGAUAUCUAUGUAUUUGAGGUGGCGGUGAACAGGGUGGAGGACACAGACCACGUAGUGAUCCCAGUGCACCUGAGGGAGAAGUACAAACAAUCAGGCUACAACCACACCAGCACGCCGCUGUUCGGACAGCCCUUCCUCAUCGCUGUACCCAGAACCCUCAGUGAGGACAAACUCUACAACAUGCUGCUCCUGCGCCUCUGCCGGUUUGUGCGAUCCUCAGUAGAGGAGGAUGAGGAGGAUUGUGAAGAGACACAGCCACCCAAACAACACACUGUCAACGGUAACGCCACUAAUGGUCUGCUGGAGGAGGGGUCACCGAGUGAGAUGGAGACCGACGAGCAGGACGACGAGUCGAGCCAGGAUCAGGAGCUGCCCUCCGAGAACGACAACAGCCAAUCAGAGGACUCUGUGGGCGGGGACAACGAACUGGAGAACGGCGUGGUCGGUCCACAGAACUCCACCAAAGGCCAGCAGACGGCCGAGCACAACAGAAAGAGACUUUUUACAUUCCAGUUCAAUAACAUGGGCAAAACAGACUUCUCGCUCAUCAAGGAGGACACCAGGCAGAUCCGCUUUGACGAGGGACACCUCCGACUCAGUGACCGCUCUUAUCUCUCCUUGGACUGGGAGCCAGAGAUCAAGAAGAAGUACUUUGACGAGACUGUUGUUGAGGACUUUGACAAGCACGAGAGCAUGGAGUACAAGCCUCAGAAGAAGGCUUUCUUCAAGCUGAAGGACUGCAUCGAGCUGUUCACCACAAAGGAAAAACUGGGAGCAGAGGACCCAUGGUACUGUCCGAACUGUAAGCAGCACCAACAGGCCACUAAGAAGCUGGACCUGUGGUCUCUGCCGC